AUGACGGCAGAUAUGGAGAGCCAAAAUGAACACGAUGACAGUGGACUUCCAGGCCCUGGAGCUCCCACUCCACUGUCAGCUCUGGAGGGAAUGUCAGGAUUGACGUCUAGAGAUAUCAAAUUGUUUGUGGAUUUUGGACUUCACACUGUUGAGUCUGUUGCAUAUACUCCAAAGCGUGUGCUCGAAACAAUUAAGGGUGUCUCGGAGCAGAAAGCGAAUAAAAUAUUGACCGAGGCGGCGAAACUCGUCCCGAUGGGAUUCACGACGGCUACGGAAAUGCAUGCUCGACGAAGCGAACUUAUCUCAAUCACAACUGGUUCUAAGCAGCUGGAUACUCUCCUUGGAGGUGGCAUCGAGACGGGAUCAAUCACCGAGAUAUUUGGCGAGUUCAGAACGGGAAAGAGUCAGAUUUGCCAUACACUGGCUGUUACGUGCCAGCUGCCAUUUGACAUGGGUGGCGGAGAGGGAAAAUGUCUCUAUAUCGACACCGAGGGAACUUUCCGGCCGGUUCGUCUAUUGGCUGUUGCGCAGAGGUUCGGCCUUGUUGGGGAAGAGGUUCUAGACAACGUGGCUUAUGCUCGUGCCUAUAACUCAGACCACCAGCUGCAACUGCUCAACCAAGCUUCUCAGAUGAUGUGCGAAACGCGGUUCUCACUUUUGGUCGUCGACUCGGCAACCUCGCUGUAUCGAACUGAUUUCAACGGCCGUGGUGAGCUGUCAACUCGCCAAACGCAUCUGGCUAAAUUCCUGCGUACCCUGCAGCGUCUGGCUGACGAGUUCGGUAUCGCUGUUGUCAUCACGAACCAGGUUGUUGCUCAGGUUGACGGCGGACCGAGUGCGAUGUUCAACCCCGACCCAAAGAAACCAAUUGGUGGGAACAUCAUUGCGCACGCAAGUACGACAAGACUAAGCUUGAAGAAGGGAAGAGGAGAGACUAGAGUCUGCAAGAUUUACGACAGCCCUUGUCUUCCGGAGAGUGAUUGUCUCUUUGCCAUUAACGAGGAUGGCAUCGGUGACCCCAGCCCGAAGGACCUGGAGAAUGACUGA